AGGGACCCAGUCCACGGACUCCACAGCUCACGUUCUCUCUCUCUCUCACUCACUUCCCUCUCUCCCUCCCUCUCUCUGGCUCCCUCUCUCCUGUCUUUCUCUGGGAGCUGUCACUUCCAUCUACGCGGAGAGAAGUGCAGUGUGUUUGAGUUUGUGUGUGUGUGUGUGUGUGUGUGUGUGUGUGUGUGUCUGGGCGACUCGUCCCCCCCCCCCUGCUGAUGUUGUGAUGGGGGGGGCUCCUGGGCUUUGAACUGAGGGAGCGAGAGCAGGAAGACCAGCUGCAGACAGCGCAGCAUGAGGACAUGCUGUUGAGCACUGUGGACUCCAAACCCUUCAACCAACUCUUCACUCUGGACUAACACACUCAGACCAGGAGGACCGCCACUCUCUUAUAUCUGCUGUCCCCUGACUGGACUUGACUUUUGCAGAGAGGACCCCCAAGAAGCUCCCCACUCCCAUCGUCUCAUCUUGAGUCCAUCUUUACAGUCCAGCGCUAUUACGGCUGCUUGUGGGUCAGAGUCUCCACUCUCCACUGCACUGAUGGAGCUCCAGAGGGCCACCAGCAUGCCUGGGCCCCUGUCCCCCGGACCUCUCUCCCCUGGACACGUUUCCCCGGGACCUCUCUCCCCGGGACCCCUCUCUCCUGGGCUCGGCCCGUCCUCUCCGGUCCCGGGCCCCAGCGGUGCCAGUCCGUCCUCAGGCUCAGGUGCCGCUGGGCUCAGUUACUCCGCUCAGGCUGCCUACAACUACAACCAGCUAGAGGGGCGCUUCAAACAGCUGCAAGAUGAGCGUGAGGCGGUGCAGAAGAAGACCUUCACCAAAUGGGUCAACUCCCACCUGUCGCGCAUGUCCUGCCGCAUCACCGACCUCUACAUGGACCUGAGGGAUGGACGCAUGCUCAUCAAGCUGCUGGAGGUGCUCUCCGGAGAGAGACUGCCGAAACCCACCAAAGGGCGCAUGCGGAUCCACUGCUUGGAGAACGUAGACAAGGCGCUGCAGUUCCUCAAGGAGCAGAAAGUUCACCUGGAGAACAUGGGCUCCCAUGACAUCGUCGACGGCAACCACAGACUUACCCUCGGCCUCAUCUGGACCAUCAUCCUCCGAUUCCAGAUCCAGGACAUCAGUGUGGAGACGGAGGACAAUAAAGAGAAGAAGUCGGCCAAGGACGCCCUGCUGCUGUGGUGUCAGAUGAAGACUGCAGGAUAUCCCAAUGUCAACAUCCACAAUUUCACCACCAGCUGGAGAGAUGGCAUGGCCUUCAAUGCCCUCAUCCACAAACACAGGCCCGACCUGAUUGACUUUGACAAACUGAAGAAGUCCAACGCUCAUCACAAUCUGCAGAAUGCCUUCAACUUGGCUGAGCAGCACCUGGGUCUGACCAAACUGCUGGACCCAGAGGAUAUCAGUGUGGACCACCCUGAUGAGAAGUCCAUCAUCACUUACGUGGUCACGUACUACCACUACUUCUCCAAGAUGAAGGCCCUGAAGGUGGAAGGCAAACGUAUUGGAAAGGUGCUGGACAAUGCUAUCGAGACGGAGAAGAUGAUUGAGAAGUAUGAGUCUCUGGCCUCCGACCUGCUGGAGUGGAUCGAGCAGACAAUCAUUAUACUCAACAAUCGCAAGUUUGCCAACUCACUGGUGGGCGUCCAGCAGCAGCUGCAGGCCUUCAACACCUACCGCACCGUAGAGAAGCCUCCCAAGUUUACAGAGAAAGGCAACCUGGAAGUGCUUCUCUUCACUAUUCAAAGCAAGAUGCGAGCCAACAAUCAGAAAGUCUACAUGCCGCGAGAGGGCAAGCUCAUAUCAGACAUCAACAAGGCCUGGGAGCGUCUGGAGAAGGCGGAGCAUGAGCGUGAGCUGGCGCUGAGGACAGAGCUGAUUCGCCAGGAGAAGCUGGAGCAGCUCGCCCGCCGCUUCGACCGAAAGGCCGCCAUGAGGGAGACCUGGCUGAGCGAGAACCAGCGCCUAGUCUCACAGGACAACUUUGGCUUUGACCUGCAGGCGGUGGAGGCGGCCACGAAAAAGCACGAGGCCAUCGAGACGGACAUCGGGGCGUACGAGGAGCGCGUGCAGGCAGUGCUGUCGGUGGCCUCGGAGCUGGAGAAGGAGAGCUACCACGACAUCAAGCGCGUGACGGCGCGCAAGGACAACGUGCUGCGCCUGUGGGAGUACCUGCUGGAGCUGCUCCGCUCACGCCGCCUCCGCCUGGAGCAGAACCUGGGCCUGCAGAGGGUCUUCCAGGAGAUGCUCCACAUCAUGGACUGGAUGGACGAGAUGAAGAUGCUGCUGCUGUCUCAGGACUAUGGGAAGCACCUGCUGGGCGUGGAGGAUCUGCUGCAGAAGCAUGCGCUGGUGGAGGCUGAUAUUAGCAUCCAGGCCGACCGAGUCAAGGCUGUCAACGCCACCGCACAGAAAUUCAUCACCGACAUGGAGGGCUACAAGCCGUGCGACCCGCAGGUGAUCCGGGACCGCGUGGCCCACAUGGAGUUCUGCUACCAGGAGCUGAACCAGCUGGCGGCCGAGCGGCGGGCCCGUCUGGAGGAGUCGAGGCGCCUGUGGAAGUUCUUCUGGGAGAUGGCCGAGGAGGAGGGCUGGGUCCGGGAGAAGGAGCAGAUCCUGUCGUCGGACGACUGCGGCAAGGACCUGACCGCUGUGGUGCGCCUGCUGAGCAAGCACAAGGCCCUGGAAGAUGAGAUGAGUGGCCGUGCCGGGCACUUGCAACAGACGGUCAAGCAGGGCCAGGAGCUGGUCGCCGCCGGGCAUUUCGGCUCAGACAAGAUCAGCGAGCGCAUCAACGACGUCCAGGAGCAGUGGGCCGCGCUGGAGCGCCUGGCUGCCGCCCGCAAGAACCGCCUGCAGGAGGCCUACGGCAUGCACCAGUUCCAGGCGGACGCCGACGACAUGGACGCGUGGAUGCUGGACGUGCUGCGCAUCGUGUCCAGCGCCGACGUGGGCCACGACGAGUUCUCCACGCAGGCGCUCGUCAAGAAGCACAAGGACGUGGCCGAGGAGAUCGCCAGCUACCGGCCCGUGCUGGAAGCCCUACACGAGCAGGCCAAGGCGCUGCCGCCGUCGCAUGCCGACUCAGACGAGGUCAAGGGUCGUCUGGCGGGCAUCGAGGAACGCUACGGCGAGGUGGCCGAGCUGACGCGCUUGCGCAAGCAGGCCCUGCAGGAUGCGCUUGCCCUUUACAAGAUGUUUAGCGAGGUGGACGCGUGCGAGGUGUGGAUCGACGACAAGGAGCUGUGGCUCAACAGCAUGGAGAUCCCCGAGAGGCUGGAGGACCUGGAGGUGAUCCAACACAGGUUCGAGAGCCUGGAACCAGAGAUGAACAACCAGGCCUCUCGUGUGGCGGUGGUUAACCAGAUCGCCAGACAGCUCAUCCACAGUGGUCACCCGAGUGAGAAGGAGAUCAAGGCCCAGCAGGACAAACUCAACACCAGGUGGAGCCAGUUCCGAGACCUGGUGGACCAGAAGAAGGACUCGCUCAACUCAGCGCUGGGCGUGCAGAACUACCACCUGGAGUGCAACGAGACCAAGUCGUGGAUCCGCGAGAAGACCAAGGUCAUCGAGUCGACGCAGGACCUGGGCAACGACCUGGCGGGCGUGAUGGCGCUGCAGCGCAAGCUGACGGGCAUGGAGCGCGACCUGGCCGCCAUCGAGGACAAGCUGGGCGACCUGGGCAAGGAGGCCGAGCGGCUAUCGGCCGAGCACCCCGACCAGGCGCCGGGCAUCAAGGGGCGCCUGGGCGAGAUCAACGAGGUGUGGGACGAGAUGAAGGGCACGCUGCGCGCCCGCGAGGAGUCGCUCGGCGAGGCGUCCAAGCUGCAGGGCUUCCUACGCGACCUGGACGACUUCCAGGCGUGGCUGUCGCGCACGCAGACGGCCAUCGCGUCCGAGGACAUGCCCAACACCCUUGCCGAGGCCGAGAAGCUCCUGACGCAGCACGAGGGCAUCAAGAACGAGAUCCGCAACUACGAGGAGGACUACCAGAAGAUGCGCGACAUGGGCGAGAUGGUCACGCAGGGCCAGACGGACGCCCAGUACAUGUUCCUGCGGCAGCGGCUGCAGGCACUGGACACCGGCUGGAACGAGCUGCACAAGAUGUGGGAGAACCGUCAGAAGCUGCUGUCCCAGUCGCACGCCUACCAGCUCUUCCUCAGGGACACCAAGCAGGCCGAGGCCUUCCUCAACAACCAGGAGUAUGUGUUGGCCCAUACGGAGAUGCCCACCAUAUUGGAGGCGGCUGAGGGAGCCAUCAAGAAGCAGGAGGACUUCAUGACCACCAUGGACGCCAACGAGGAGAAGAUCAACGCCGUGGUGGAGACGGGACGGCGUCUGGUGAGCGAUGGCAACACCAGCGCUGACCGUAUCCAAGAGAAGGUGGACUCCAUCGACCAGAGGCACAAGAAGAACCGUGAGGCAGCCAGUGGGCUCCUGGCCAAACUGAAGGACAACACAGACCUCCAGAGGUUCCUGCAGGACUGCCAGGAGCUGUCUCUGUGGAUCAGUGAGAAGAUGCUCACGGCACAGGACAUGUCAUACGACGAGGCACGCAACCUGCACAGCAAGUGGCUCAAGCACCAGGCCUUCAUGGCUGAGCUGCAGUCCAACAAGGAGUGGCUGGACAAGAUCGAGAAGGAUGGCAUGGCCCUGGUGGCAGAGAAGCCGGAGACAGAGCCGGUGGUCAAGGAGAAGCUGGGCACGCUGAAGCGGCAGUGGAACGAUCUGGAGUCCACCACGCAGACCAAGGCCCAGUGCCUGUUCGACGCCAACAAGGCCGAGCUGUUCACGCAGAGCUGCGCUGAUCUGGACAAGUGGCUGGUAGGCCUGGAGGGACAGAUCCAGUCCGACGACUACGGCAAGGACCUGACCAGCGUUAACAUCCUGCUCAAGAAACAACAGAUGCUGGAGAGCCAGGUGGAGGUGCGCCAGAAGGAGGUGGGGGAGCUGCACUCGCAAGCCCAGGCGCUGCGGCAGGAGGGCAAGGACUCGGACGAGGUGGACAGCCGGCGGCGCGGCGUGGAGCAGAAGUUCCAGGGCCUGCUGGACCCACUGCGCCAACGCAAGAGAAGCCUGAUGGCAUCACGCGAGAUCCACCAGUUCAACCGCGACGUGGAGGAUGAGAUUCUCUGGGUGGAGGAGAGAAUGCCUCUGGCUACGUCCACUGAUCAUGGACACAACUUACAGACCGUCCAGCUACUCAUCAAGAAGAACCAGACCCUCCAGAAGGAGAUCCAGGGCCAUCAACCGCGCUACGACGACAUCUUCGAGCGCAGCAAGAGCAUCGUGAAGGCGGACAGCCCCAACGGGGACGUUAUCCGGCAGCGGCUGUCCGACCUGCGGGGCCUGUGGGCGCAGAUCAUCGAGGAGACGGGUAAGCGGCAUGGCCGUCUGGAGGAGGCACACAAAGCCCAGCAGUACUACUUUGACGCCGCCGAGGCCGAAGCCUGGAUGAGCGAGCAGGAGCUCUACAUGAUGUCCGAGGAGAAGGCCAAGGAUGAGCAGAGUUCCGUGGCCAUGCUGAAGAAGCACCAGAUUGUGGAGCAGGCGGUGGAGGAUUACGCCGAGACGGUGCACCAGCUCUCCCAGACCAGCAGGGCGCUGAUGGGCGCUGGGCAUCCGGAGAGUGAGCGGAUCAGCAUGCGGCAGUCGCAGGUGGAUAAGCUCUACGCCGGCCUCAAGGACCUGUCGGAGGAGCGGCGGGGCAAGCUGGACGAGAGGUCGCGGCUCUUCCAGCUCAACCGCGAGGUGGACGACUUGGAGCAGUGGAUCGCCGAGCGCGAGGUGGUGGCCGGCUCGCACGAGCUGGGCCAGGACUACGAGCACGUCACAAUGCUGCAGGAGCGUUUCCGGGAGUUCGCCCGCGACACGGGCAACAUCGGGCAGGAACGUGUGGACGCCGUCAACCAGAUGGCGGAUGAGCUUAUCAACUCGGGCCACGCAGACGCGGCCACCAUUGCCGAGUGGAAGGACGGCCUGAACGAGGCCUGGGCCGACCUCCUGGAGCUGAUCGACACGCGCACGCAGAUCCUUGCUGCCUCCUACGAGCUGCACAAGUUCUACCACGACGCCAAGGAGGUGCUGGGACGCAUCCUGGACAAACACAAGAAGCUUCCGGAAGAGCUCGGCCGCGACCAGAACACGGUUGAGACACUGCAGAGGAUGCACACGACCUUCGAGCACGACAUUCAGGCCCUAGGGACACAGGUGAAGCAGCUUCAGGAGGACGCGGUGCGGCUGCAGUCGGCAUACGCGGGCGACAAGGCAGAGGACAUCGCCCGGCGCGAGGGCGAGGUGCUGGAGGCCUGGCGCAGCCUGCUGGAGGCCAGCGAGGGCCGGCGCGUGCGUCUGCUGGACACCAGCGACAAGUUCCGCUUCUUCAGCAUGGUGCGCGACCUCAUGCUCUGGAUGGAGGAUGUCAUCCGCCUCAUCGACGCCCAGGAGAAGCCCAGGGAUGUGUCAUCCGUGGAGCUUCUGAUGAACAACCACCAGGGCAUCAAAGCUGAGAUCGACGCCCGUAAUGACAGCUUCACUACCUGCAUUGAGAUGGGCAAAGCCCUGCUUGCUCGCAAACACUACUCAUCAGAGGAGAUCAAAGAAAAGUUGCUACAGCUGACGGACAAGAGGAAAGAGAUGAUUGACAAGUGGGAAGAUAGAUGGGAGUGGCUGAGACUGGUGCUGGAGGUGCAUCAGUUCUCUCGUGACGCGGGGGUGGCGGAGGCCUGGCUGUACGGUCAGGAGCCGUACCUGUCCAGCCGCGAGAUGGGCCAAAGCGUGGACGAGGUCGAGAAGCUCAUCAAGCGCCACGAGGCCUUCGAGAAGUCCGCCGCCACCUGGGAGGAGCGCUUCGCCGCCCUCGAGAGAUUGACCACGAUGGAGUUAUUGGAAGUGAGAAGACAGCAAGAGGAAGAAGAGAGGAAAAGGCAGCCUCCACCUGUAGAGGUCCAGCCAGUAGAGGCAGAAGCAGCAGCAGCAGCAGCAGCAGCAUCCCCCCAGCAGAAGGAGGGUGAGCCGGCAUCUCAGAACGGGCUGCUGACGGAGCAGGACUCUCCCCGGGAGGCUGCGGGAGGAAGUGAUGUCGUUAAUGGAGUGGUGGAGCCCAGUCCGGGCCCGUCCCCCACGGCAAGCCGGAAGGCCAAACCCAGCCAGGCGGCCACUCUGCCGGCCAAGCCCCAGGAGACGGCCACCCAGAUGGAGGGCUUCCUGCACCGCAAGCAUGAGUGGGAGGGCCACAACAAGAAAGCCUCAAACAGGUCCUGGCACAACGUGUACUGUGUGAUAAACAAUCAGGAGAUGGGCUUCUAUAAGGACAGCAGGAGCGCCAGCCAAGGCAUCCCUUACCACAGCGAGAUGCCUAUCCGCCUGAGGGAUGCUACGUGCGAGGUGGCUGUGGACUACAAGAAAAAGAAACACGUCUUCAAACUCAAAAUUUGUGAUGGGAACGAGUAUCUCUUCCAAGCCAAAGAUGAUGAGGAGAUGAAUUCCUGGAUCCAGGCGAUCUCUACCGCCACACCCUCGGACCGCUCCGAGGUAGCCCCCAGCAGCCACAGCACCCCUGCGUCCAGCCGCGCUCACACCCUGCCCGCCACCGUCAACCCCGUCGCAGAGUCCAGCCCCGGCAAGCGCGAGAAGGACAAGGAGAAGCGCUUCAGUCUCUUCAGCAAGAAGAAGUAGAAAUGUUUGAGAAGCUUCCUGACGACGACGGCAGCCAUUUUGUUCUCCUCUUCCUCCUCCUCCUCCUCCUCCUCAUCCUCGUUUUCUGAAAUGAGAGAAGAAGAAAAAAAAAACAUACAAACAAAAACAAAAAAUGAUAUUGCGAGACUCCAGCAUGCAAGCUCAGAGCCAAAACUCCACACUCGGUGCCUAAUGACCCUCGGGCGGGGUCGGAGGUCAACUUUGGCGUUCUUUUGUAAUAAGGAAAAAAAGAGAGAAUAUGGGGGGGGGGAUUAUACGAGGGUGUGCGAUGCUUUGGGCAGCUUCCAUCGCGAAAUCAUUCCGAGAAAGUCCCAUGAGAGACAUGUUAUGUUGUUAGGGUUACUUUGUCCUUGUUAUUUUUUUCCUACUUUUCAUCAUGUCUUGCUUUUGACUUUGUUUUUGUUCUUACCCUUUUUCUUGCUCUUUUUCUCUUUCUAUUUUGUAAUUGUAUGCAAUUUAUAGGGUCUACCCUCAGUUUUGUGAGGCUUCUGUUUUUUUCCGCUGGUGAGAAGCAAGGCGUUGGUGCUUUGGAAUCAAGCCACAUGAUGUUGAAUCGCUUACUUUCUGUUAAAUUUAAUUAACUAAUCAAUACUCCAGCCAUAAGCUUCAAGAAUCUAUGUCUACAGAACAUAAUAAACUUAGUAUAAAACACAUACAUUUGAAUGCAAAGCCACAAUAAUACCUAAUAUUAAUAACAUAUGCUGGGAAUCUUAAGAGUUAAAAGAUAACCAGCCAGGUUGGAUAUUGAUUAAUGACUAGUUAUACAAAACAACAUGUUCUAAGCUCCAUUGUUUUUUUUUUUUUUUCAUUUUGUUGUUGAGUUGCAUUAUAAUGUAUGGAUAAAAUUUAUUUAGAGAAGAAGUAUGAACAUAGAUGUAUUAUAAACCCAUUAAAGGUGUUGUUGUUCAGUGGAUACAUUUGAAAGUCCGGCCUUUACCUGACGAGUUAAACGUGACUGAAACCUGGCUGCUUGCUUGUUGACUAUAGCACUGCGUGUUUUCAUUUUGCUAUUUCUGGCUAUUUGAUAAAUAGUGUGCAUUUCUGUCACUGUAACUAUUGUAAUGAAAGAUUUCCAUCAUCUUGCACAACAAUCAACAAUGCCAUGAAGCCAGGUGCCCCCUCUGGGGGGCCUCAGUAGAACAUGACACAUCCACCUGGCCCCUAAAAUGGAGGAGAUCUGCACCUGUAGCCUUUUACCCUCUGUUAAAUAUGUGCAAAGUCAUUAAAAUGCUUUUAAAAUGA